AUGUUCUGUUGGGACUUCUUGAGGAUGGAGAGAAGUAGCAUCAUUGCAUCAUUGCAUCAACUUCCAGAGGGCAGAGGCAUACGUGAUCCAACUGGAACUAUGGAAGAGCUUUACUCACUAUUAUUGAUAACUGGCCAUGUCCUGGCUGAUGAAGGACAGGGUGAGACACCAUUGGUUCCAAAGGCUAUACAAAGACAAUUUAUGGAUGCAGUGGAGACGGACAAACAUCCAGUUGUUAUACUUUCUGGGUAA